CUGCGGGUGGCUUUGGGUGUGUGAUGUUUCUCAAAACAGAAAUACUUUACAACCGACCUCUUGUUGCAAGAAAUCUGGACAAAGUGUAAUAUAACGGGGGCGGGUGGCAAAUACUGCUUUUAAAACUUAGAAAACAGCAGGCCUUGUGUUAUGCGUUUAUUGAAACUUAAAUAUGUCAUUAUUUAGUGACUUCAGUCAGUGAUUUGUUAGAAAAUCACAAACUUGACGAGGAGCAAGCCAGACAGUUAGGAGGUAUGUGCACAACGGUGUAUGCUUUCCUAUUUUUAUUAAAAGAAAGAGCAAAGUUUGUGUUUUACUUCUGGAAAAAGCCGGAUCAGUCAGUAGAGAACAGCCCAACUAGGCGCGCAGGCCAAUCAGUGCCGAGGCGACCGGAAAAAGUCUUCCAGUAAUAUGUGGCCAACCGUAUGUUGUACACCGUCUAGCAGCUUCUAUCGUCGUGUGGAGUUGUGUUUUUUUUUUUAACCAUUGAAAACGUUGUGUUAUCGUUCCACCAAUGAAAUAUUUUGUUGUGUAUUCAAUACAGGCAUGCUCUGUCUAUUGUUUUCUGGUUUGUAGGAGUAAGCAGUGGUUUUAAGCUGUGAAGAGAAAGAUGAAUCACAAAAGUAAGAAACGGAUUAAAGAGGCAAAACGUAGCGCCCGGCCCGAAUUGAAGGAUUCUUUUGACUGGGUCAAGCACGGCUAUUAUGAGAAUUUUGAUGUGUCCCAUUCAUCCGUCAAGGACAAUGUAGAGAGAGUUGAGGCGUGUGACAUCUCAGUGGAAGACUUCAUAGAGAAGUAUGAGAAGCCCUACAAGCCUGUGGUGCUGAUAAAUUUGCAAGUGGGUUGGGCUGCAAAUGAGAAAUGGACAUUAGAUCGUUUAAAGCGUAAAUACAGAAAUCAGAAAUUUAAAUGUGGAGAAGAUAAUGAUGGCUAUUCUGUGAAGAUGAAAAUGAAAUAUUAUAUUGAAUAUAUAGAAACCACACGAGAUGACAGCCCUUUGUACAUCUUUGACAGCAGUUUUGGGGAACAUCCCAAACGAAAGAAACUUUUGGAGGAUUAUGAAGUACCAAAGUUCUUCAGAGAUGAUUUGUUUCAUUUUGCAGGCGAGAAACGCAGACCACCUUACAGAUGGUUUGUUAUGGGGCCUCCUCGAUCAGGAACGGGAAUUCACAUUGAUCCUCUGGGGACCAGUGCUUGGAAUGCACUUGUCCAGGGUCAUAAGCGUUGGUGCCUGUUUCCGACCAACACACCUCGAGAGUUGAUAAAGGUCACAAGGGAGGAAGGUGGGAAUCAGCAGGAUGAGGCCAUCACUUGGUUUAAAGUCAUCUACCCUCGAACACAGUCACCCACAUGGCCUGGGGACUACAAAGCUGUGGAGAUUCUUCAGAAGCCAGGUGAAACUGUCUUUGUACCAGGAGGCUGGUGGCAUGUUGUCCUCAAUCUUGACACCACUAUUGCUGUCACACAGAAUUUUGCCAGUAUUGUAAACUUCCCUGUUGUAUGGCACAAAACUGUUCGGGGUAGGCCAAAGUUGUCCAGGAAGUGGUACAGGUAA